GACUUUGACUGAUAUAAAUUAUAACUGGCGCCAUGUUACCUUCAAUCAAGGGUCUGCGAAGGCUUCCAUUGCAACCAGGAUUCUUUUUCUUAACGACGGAAUCCUACUAGUUCUCCGAUAUACGCAUAAUCAUAUAGUGCCAAUAUGGCGCCCCCAGACUCAAAAGUGUCGGGGCAGCAGCCCAAUUUGCGAGCGUUGUCCGCUAGGCCACAGCAUUUCAAAGAACGAGUCAUUCGAUUCUUCAUUUUACUCACCCUGGCCGCAUUUGCCAUCUCACAACUAUAUGUUAAUUUCUAUAAAAGCAAGACUAUUGGGCGACAGUUGCCAGAGCCCUUCUCGGAUGAUACUCCUUUCAAAUGGGAAGAUAUCACGCCUACCAAACAGCUUAUAUAUCAUCCCUGCUUUGAGGGUCACGAAUGUGCCCGCCUGGAACUUCCUAUGGACUGGAAUCGCACCGAUGGCAAAGGAUCGAAGAUCGCCUUGGCUGUCAUGAAGAUACCCGCAAAGGUACCUGUCACGGAUGCGCGAUAUGGUGGAGCUGUCCUUCUAAAUCCCGGUGGCCCUGGUGGGUCCGGAGUAGACUUCGUCUUCCGAUGGGGGAAAGCUAUCCAGACAAUUGUUGACUCCGCAGAAUCACCAAGUGCAAACUCUGCUGUGGGAAAGUAUUUCGAUAUCGUCAGCUUUGAUCCAAGGGGAAUCAAUAAUACAACACCUAACUUUUCCUGCUACCCUGACCCGAUGGCGAGAAAAGCGUGGACACUGCAAUCGGACGCAGAGGGUUUGCUGGGAAGCUCUGAAAGAGCGUUUGAUACUCGAUGGGCAAGAUUCGAGGCCUAUGGUAUGAGCUGCAGCCAACUAGGAGCUGAGGACUCAGAGGGCGAGGAAUGGAUAGGACCUUUUAUGAAUACAUCGCCGGUGGUGGCGGAUAUGGUUGAGCUCAUUGAGCGCCAUGGAGAGUGGCGUGAGCGAGAAACGGAGAGGCUACUCUCAACAAUUAUCGACGCUUCCCUGAAUUUUGAAGCUAUCAGAAUGCAGAACCGCUGGAACAAGGGGCAAGAAAAACUUCUAUACUGGGGUUUCUCCUAUGGGACACUCCUGGGUAGCACGUUUGCAGCCAUGCAGCCUCAUCGCAUCAGCCGUGCUGUGAUAGAUGGCGUCUGUAAUGCCGAUGACUAUUACUCGGGCAUGUGGCUUACUAACUUACAGGAUGGAGACGCAGCCCUUGGUAGCUUUUUCGAGUACUGUCACACGGCCGGGCCAAGUUCUUGCCCGUUUGCGCAUGGUGGUGGUAGUCCCAAAGAUCUCAGAUCUCGUUAUGAACAAAUUCUGGCAAAUCUUACAUCGGACCCUAUUGCGGUGGCUCCUUCCAGGAGCAGAGGCCCAGACAUAAUAACGAGCAGCGAUUUGACAUCAUUGGUGGUGGAAUCCCUAUACAGCCCUAUGAAAUUAUUUGAGUUCGUCGCCCGAGUCUUGGCUGAUCUCGAGCGCGGCAACGGGACUUCUUUCGCAGAUUAUAAAUACAAUACCAAGAGAUGGACUGGGCGGUCUUCAUGUGACCCCUCUUCCAAGAACUGCAAACUGCCCGGCGAAAGCGAUUGGGAGGCUGGAAGAAACGUCAUUUGCACAGACGCUCCAGGUAUCGAUGGAAUCGCCAAGGACGUGUUCCGAAGCUAUUGGCAUACGCUCCGGGGGCAAAGUAAGGCUAUUGGAGAUAUGUGGGCCGAGAUCCGCAUGUCUUGUAUUAGGCUGAAGACGCGGCCUGAAUGGCGCUAUGAUGGGCCCUUCAUAGGCAACACGUCACAUCCGUUGCUAUUCAUCGGAAAUACCUAUGACCCAGUAACACCGCUACGAAACGCCCAUGCGAUGGCUCGCGGAUUCGUUGACUCAAUUGUGCUGAAGCAGAACUCCGUCGGGCAUUGCUCACUGAGUAGCCCAUCCUUGUGCACAGCAAAGGCAAUUCGGCGGUAUUUCCACAAUGGCGAGCUCCCGGAUCCCGGAACCGUCUGCGAGGUAGAGGAGCUCCCAUUCCAUAUUCCAGUAAAUGAAAAACAGCAGGUUAUGACCCCAGAUGACACAGCACUGAUGUCAGCUUUGCAUUCACUGGGAGAAGUGCGCAAUCUGUUGGGUGCUUAGAGCUUACACUGGAGAGGGCAGUCACUACCGAAAGACGGCCCUGACCUCUAGAGUGCGCAGGACAAUGUGCUGGACAAUAUUAUGCCUUUGAUGCAUAAUGCUCCUGCAAGCACAACGUCAACUUGACCAGUUCUUAUUGCGGAUAUUGGCUGUCUCUUCUUAAAAGAUGCCCCGUUGUUUAGGUGCCAUAGUGUUAU